UCGUUUAAACAGGCCACCAGCCAGCCACCAGCAACUCUCCUGCUCCUCUCCUCAGUUCUCGCUCACUCUACACCAGUGCUGGAGUAAUACACAAGUAAGCAAAAGCAACCACCAGCAAGUUGACGCACGGGCUUCGGGCAUCGGGCAAUAUCUCCUCCAAAAGCAAUAUGGCGAAGUGUGUCACGAGUACGGUUAGACGUCGUAGUGAUCUUUGAACGAAAUAAAAUAAUAAAUAAAUAUUUAAUACCAGUAAAUAUUAAAAUGAAAGGCUGAGGUAUGGGUUGACUAUUAAGUUUUUUUUUAAAAAUAAUGCGCCGUAAAAAUUAUUUUGUGAUUGACAAGACAGUGCGUUGCAAGUUUAACAUCUCGCUGUUUUUAUUGUGAUUUUCGUUUAUUUUAUAUUCAUCAUAAUUACCAUUAUAAAUAUAUUUAUAUAUUUAUAAUCCGUUAAUAUAUAGAUAUAUAUAUUUCGAUAUCUAUAUUAUAUUUUAUUGAUAUUGUGAGCGUAAUUGAUUGUGUGAAUCAUGGCCACGGAUAAAAUUAAGGUUGCCGUGCGAGUCAGGCCAUUCAAUCGCCGAGAGUUGGAACUUGGGACACAAUGUGUUGUGGAAAUGACUUCACAACAGACUAUUCUACAACAUCCCACGAGUAUGGAUAAAAUUGAAAGAAAUAAACCCAAGACGUUUGCUUUCGAUCACUGCUUCUAUUCAUUGGAUCCUGGUAGUGAAAAUUUUGCCAGCCAAGAUUUUGUAUUUGAUGCUCUCGGACGUGAUAUUUUGGACAAUGCAUUCCAGGGUUACAAUGCCUGCAUUUUUGCUUAUGGACAAACCGGUUCUGGGAAGUCUUACACAAUGAUGGGUAGUGGUGACAACAAAGGCAUAAUCCCGCGACUGUGUGACAACCUCUUCGACAUGAUUGCGAAGCAACAAAGCUCGGAAUUGAGUUACAAGGUCGAGGUCUCGUACAUGGAAAUUUAUAAUGAAAAGGUACACGAUCUACUGGAUCCAAAACCCAACAAGCAAUCCCUCAAAGUCAGGGAGCACAAUGUUUUAGGACCUUACGUUGAUGGAUUGAGUCAACUUGCUGUUACUUCCUAUCAGGAUAUCGACAAUUUAAUGACUGAAGGAAAUAAAUCUCGGACAGUGGCAGCGACAAAUAUGAAUUCCGAGAGCUCACGUUCGCAUGCUGUAUUUUCAGUGAUCCUCACGCAAACAUUGACCGACAUGCGGAGUGGCGUAACCGGUGAAAAGGUGUCACGUAUGAGUUUAGUAGAUUUGGCCGGUAGUGAGAGAGCCGUUAAAACCGGAGCUGUCGGUGAUCGACUUAAAGAAGGCAGUAAUAUUAAUAAAUCAUUAACAACAUUGGGUCUAGUCAUCUCAAAAUUAGCAGAUCAGAAUUCCGGUGGUAAAAAUCGUGAUAAAUUUGUACCCUAUCGUGAUUCUGUUUUAACAUGGCUGUUGAAAGAUAAUUUGGGUGGAAACAGUAAAACCGUAAUGGUGGCCACAAUAUCACCGGCAGCUGAUAAUUAUGAGGAAACAUUAUCAACGCUGCGGUAUGCCGAUCGUGCUAAGAGAAUAGUUAAUCAUGCUGUUGUUAAUGAGGAUCCCAAUGCCAGAAUAAUCCGGGAAUUGCGUCAAGAGGUUGAAGCGCUCAAAGAAAUGCUGCUGCACGCUACUGGUCAGGGUCUGGCGGUUGGUCAGCGACGCACUGACCUGACGGAAAAAAUAUCCGCGUCCGAGCGAUUGAUGAAGGAAAUGUCCCAGACUUGGGAGGAGAAAUUAGUUAAGACUGAACGACUACAGCACGAACGACAGCACGCGCUCGAGAAAAUGGGAAUAAGUGUCCAGGCGUCGGGAAUUCAAGUGGAAAAAAAUAAAUUUUAUCUAGUUAAUUUGAAUGACGACCCCAGUCUCAAUGAGCUCUUGGUUUAUUAUUUAAAGGAAAAGACUUUAGUCGGCGGUAGAUCAGCGACGACAGAACAGGAUAUUCAAUUACACGGGCUGGGUAUUUUACCUGAGCACUGUGUAAUAACUAUCGAGGACUCAGCUCUCUACAUGACACCUCUAAAUGGAGCCAGAUGUUUUGUAAAUGGUAGUCAGGUUGUAGAAAAAACUCCAUUAUUACACGGGGACAGAAUUGUAUGGGGUAAUCACCAUUUCUUCCGAGUAAAUUGUCCUCGCAGUGCGACCGCUAUCAGCAGUGAACCUCAGACACCGGCUCAAAAUAUUGACUACAACUUUGCCAAGGAGGAACUGAUGUUAAAUGAACUUUCAAACGAUCCCAUCCAACGAGCUAUUGCGCGCCUAGAGAGGCAGCACGAAGAAGAUAAACAGGUCGCUCUUGAGAAACAGCGUCUGGAGUACGAACGUCAGUUUCAGCAGCUGCGCAACAUUUUAUCCCCGUCUACUCCCUACUCUCCUUAUGUACCUUAUGACCCACUAAGAGGUAGUCACAGUGGUAAACUACCCGCCUGCACACCAACAACACAAAUGCGAGUUGAAAAGUGGGCCCAGGAACGCGAUGAAAUGUUUAAACGCAGUCUUGGACAAUUAAAAACUGAUAUACUUAAAGCCAACUCAUUAGUACAAGAAGCGAAUUUCCUGGCUGAGGAAAUGGAUAAGCAAACUAAGUUCAGUGUUACCCUACAGAUACCUCCGUAUAAUUUAAGUCCUAAUCGAAAGAGUGUAUUUUUUCAGCGCGGUGCGUUUGUUAGUGAACCGGCGAUUCUGGUAAAACGUGCGAACAUGGGAAGUCAAGUCUGGACGAUGGAGAAGCUGGAGAACAAAUUGAUCGACAUGCGGGACAUGUACGAAGAAAAAAAAUACAACAAUAAUAGUCUGCCGCGAUUGCCAGCAGUAAAAGAUGAAGUGCCGGGAAAAACUCAGGACCCGUUUUACGAAUCACAAGAGAAUCAUAAUCUCAUUGGAGUAGCAAACAUAUUUCUCGAGGUUCUAUUUCACGAUGUGAGGCUUAAUUAUCACACGCCGAUAAUCAGUCAACAGGGAGAAGUCGCUGGUCGGCUUCAGGUUGAGAUAAGCCGAGUAAGUGGACAGUUUCCCCAGGACAGAAUAUGCGAAGCUGCUUCUGAAACCUCUGGCUCGGAUUCAGGUUCAUCUGAGCACGAGGACGACACGGGAACAAGCCAGAUAACGUGUCGCGUGACAAUUAAACAAGCCAGCGGACUCCCACUCUCACUAAGUCACUUUGUCUUCUGUCAAUACACAUUUUGGGGUCAUCCUGAACCAAUUGUCGUACCGCCGGUUGUCAAUCCAGAUUUACCAGCGACCAAUUGCACUACAACCAAUAUUAAUACCACUACCACAACUCCAAAUCAACGUGACUCAAUGACGUUUCAAUUUAAUCACACAAAAGACUUGACCGUACCCGUUAAUGAAGAAUUCAUGGAACAUUGCUCAGAAGGUGCACUAAGUAUUGAAGUCUGGGGACACAGAAGCGCUGGUUUUUCGCGAAGUAAACCCGGAUGGGAAGUAGAACAACAGUUAGCCAAAGCACGGUCCCUCGCUGACCGCUGGUCGGAAUUGACGAGGAAAAUUCAAUUGUGGGUUGAAAUACAAGAGCUGAAUGAACAGGGUGAGUAUUCACCCGUCGAAGUUGUCAUGAAACCCGACGCAAUGACCGGUGGGGUUUAUCAACUACGUCAGGGACAGCAGCGUAGGAUACAAGUACGAGUUAAACCCGUAAAAAAUUCUGGUACGCUGCCCAUAAUAUGUCAGUCUGUGCUAGACAUAGCAGUCGGAAGUGUAUCCGUACGCAACCGCUACCAAGUCCCACUGGACAGUUAUCAAGACGAGGAUUUAAAUGUCCUAAGGGAAAAAUGGAGCGACGCGUUGAUGAGGCGACGGCAGUACCUGGAUCAGCACAUUCAGAAGUUGAUAAACAAAAAAAAUAAAACUGACCAAGAUGGCGAGCGCGAGCAAAGUUUAGUUGACCAGUGGGUUAAUUUAACUGAAGAACGUAAUGCCGUAUUAGUACCAGCAGCAGGUUCUGGUAUACCCGGGGCUCCUGCUGACUGGAACCCACCUCCUGGUAUGGAGCCACACAUUCCCGUACUAUUUCUUGAUCUCAACGCCGACGAUUUGUCGACACACCAGUCUGGUGAAGAAGUUUCCAUUACCGGUUUGAAUUCCAUAAUAUCUAAAGAACAUGGUAAUAAAUUUUUUACACUACCGAUAAUACGUCAUUUAGAAAAAGACGUAUGCGCUAUUGCGGCAUGGGACUCUAGUAUACACGACGACGUUCAUUUAAAUCGCGUUACCGAUACCAAUGAGCGGGUAUUUUUAAUAUUAAAAACAACCGUCCGAUUGUCACAUCCAGCGCAGAUGGACCUCGUGCUGCGGAAAAGACUUGCGCUUAAUAUAUACAAAAGACAAAGCAUUGCUGAUAGAUUAUUUAAGAGAAUCGUACGUACUGACUGUCUGACCCAGACGGGAGUAACUUACGAAGUUGUUUCCAAUAUACCAAAGGCUAGCGAAGAGCUAGAGGACCGCGAAAGCUUGGCGCAGAUUGCCGCCAGUGGCGAAGACAGUGGACUGUGCGAUGGAGAGACUUAUAUUGAAAAAUAUACAAGAGGUGUUUCGGCAGUCGAAAGCAUCUUGACACUAGAUCGAUUGAGACAAAACGUCGCAGUUAAAGAACUACUUCAGGCACAGGGUCAACCAUUGAUGCGCAAGACAGCCAGCGUACCAAACUUUUCGCAGGUACUUCUGCCACUUCGUCGUCUUGGACGCACUAUAAUGAGAUUCGACACCUCCAUGGAAACGCUGAGUGUCACGCGCUCAGAAAGUGUAACUGAUCUCAAUUCGGAGCUUAAUGGCCUACCUCAUCACCCAAGACGGGCGUCAGUUGGACACACGAGAAAUGACGACAGUCUUCUUAACACGACACCAUUGAAACCAUUCGGAAUCGUGACACAAGUACUGCAGCGAAAAGCGAGACCAACUUUUCUGAAUCUCAAUCCAAACAUCUCACUGACACGUGUGCAACAAUCCACCUCUUCCAAGUCAUCACCAAAUAUGACCGGUAAGUUGGGUCUGCGUAUGACGACAUUACAUGAAGAAACGUCACACAGCAAUCAUCCGGUAUCUCCGAUCCAAGAUGACGAUGAAGAGAAAAGUGAUGCUGAUUAUUCUGAGUAUGAAGCAUACAAGGCACCGACAAAGUUUGUGAAACCACUAACAACUUCACGUACACUUGACUCACUAGCAGAGCUUCAAUCAACGAAGAUUAAUACACCGAGUAUGAGUAGCAGUGGUUAUGGAUCUCAAGCCGUAUCAACAACAAAUUUGACCUCCGAUGACUCGAUGUCGAUAAAGUCAAUCAGCGUUGACGAGACACCUGACUUAGAGUAUCGCAAUUUAAUUGACUGCAAAAAACCCGAAAAAAUGGACAGCUCAUUGGUUGAAGAGACACCGGAAGAAUAUUUAGGAGAAAUAAACACCGACCUAGAUAAUUUGACUGUCUCACAACGAAUAGCCGACGACCUGCGACAGACCGAGACAGCGAGACCGGAAAAUCCGGAUAUCAGCAAACGUUUCUCCAACCCGUUCAAUAAAAAUGCCAAUGAAGAAUUAAAUAUGCAAAGCAAUUCGUCGAUUGAUGACAAAGAUCACGAAGAUAAAAGAAAUGAAAUGGAAAUUAGCCAAGGGUCAAGCGACGACAGCCCUCUGGAGGGUAAUUCUAUUGUCAAUACAAAACUUCCACCUGGUAAAGUUGUGCGGAGACGCAAACAAUCGGGUAAUUCUGCCUCGAGAACUUCAAAUAUUAAUAUUAAUAAUAACAAUAAUAAUAAUAGCAGUAAUAAUAAUAAUAAUAAUCAACACCGAGCUUCAUUUCCAAUGGUCCGUCCACACCUCUCGGAAAGUAAAGUCGCAGCACAACUAGAGCAUAUACUCCAGCAACCAGAUAUGGGCUACGAGAAUGGUGACAAUAGUUCGUCAGCAGAACGUAUCGACGACGAUAUGAGCGAUAAAAAUUCAGGAUUCGGUUCACGACACGAUUUAACGAGAAUAGAACCUCCUCUGGCUGACUGGGUGGUAGUUGGCGAGUCCGUUAUGGUGAGACCUUACAGUUAUUGCGGCGUUAUUGCAUAUAUUGGACCCACGGAAUUUGCAUCUGGCACUUGGAUUGGUGUCGAGCUUGAUGCUCCAACCGGUAAAAAUGAUGGUGCUGUUAACGGGCAACGUUAUUUCACAUGUAGACCCAAAUGUGGAAUAUUUGUUAAAGUAGAUAAAUUAAUUCAAGACCGAAGAGGUAGAGCUUUGAGAAGUUUUACUAAACAGGAAGUAGCACCACCUCCAUCAUCUACUAUGCGCAGAAGUGUCAGUCGAGGUGAAGGUUUACAUUCAUUGCAUCGAAGCCGGAGUCGCGGUGAAGGCCUUUCAACAACCGGUACUCGAUAUCCAUCGCGUGGAAAAUGAGCCCACUUGGUAUAAAUAAAAAUCAUCCAUAAUAAAGUAUACAAUACAAUAAAACAAUAUCUUACAAUUAGUUGCUACAUGCCUACACUAUAUGUAGCGGCGGUGUUUUCAGUCCUCUAGUAUAAUAAAUAGAGCAGCUAAUUGAUUACGAUUAUCAUUAAAAUAUUGUCAUAAAAAUUUAUCAGUACAGUAAAAAAUUACUUUGAGCAUUAGUACAUUUAUUUAAAACCAUUCGACGCAAUCGAACUAAAUAAUUGUUUAAUAAAAGACGUCGCCAGUCAGGCAUAUUUAUUCUCACUAGAAGUAGAAAAAAAAAAUUAACAUUGAAAAAUAUUUAAAAGUGAAAAAUAAUUUUAAGCAUUCCAUAGAAUUUAUUUUAUUAAUUUAAAUCCAUCUCUUUAUUUCAUAUAUAUAUUUCAUGUUAAUUGUUUUCUUUAAUCGUUCACGUUAUUUUAAAUAAUUGGACAUUCAAAUGUCCCGCGCCUAAAUUUAAAUUUUACAAUAAACUAAUUUGUAAUAAAAAAAUAUAAAUAAUGAUUUUACUUAAAAUACAAAAACAAUAAAAAAAAAAUAGCGCGAUAAAGACAAGUCGGUAAUAAAAAAAUCGACGUCAUUUCUCACACGAUUACUUUCCAAAAUUACUUAUAUGGUAAUUUAAUCCACAGGAAAAGUGUCGUAAUUUAUUAAAAUAAUAAUUAAUCACCAUCUUAACAAUUACCCAUUAAAAAAAAAUAAUAAAUAAUUAUAAUUAUUAAUGAAUUAAUUAUCUACGUGUGUAGAUUAUUUAAAAAAGAUUUUAUAUGUAUACAGUUGUUUAAUAUUGUAUUUUUUUAGCGCGACCUGUUCCUUAUUAUUAUUAUUUUUUUUUUUAAUUAAUUAAAUUAAUUUAAUUAUUAUUAUUUUUAAUUAUUAUUGUACCAUACAGUUGACACUAUUAUUUUUUUAUGUUACUACAUGAGUACGGUUUUUAUUUAUAAAUAAAAAAAAUAAAUAAAUAAACUAAUAAUAAUAAAUAAUUACAUAAAUUAAAAUGUCGAAUGCUUGGGUGUAUUCCGACGGCUUUUAAGUGUUUGUUAAUAUAAUUAUAAUUAUUGUUUUAAUUAAAAAAAAAUAUGAAUUAUAUAAAUUAAAACUACAAGGAAAUAUAAUUUAAGUUUAAUAAUUAAGUAAUUAAAAAAAAUGUGCAGUAGGGAUGCAAUAUUAGUAAAUUAAGUUUAGCCAUUAGGGAUUAAUAAAUUACUUGCUUAAUUGAAUAUAUAUUUGUGUAAUUAUUAUUAUUAUUACUAUAAAUAAUUCAUUAAUUAAUUAAUUAUUAUUGAUUGUAUUUAAAAAAAAAAAGAAAACUGUGACCGCUCUAAAUUAUCGGUAUUUAUUUACUCUGUUUAUUUUAUUAAUAUUUUAUUUUAAAUAUUAUAAUUAUUAAUUAUUUAUAAUUAAUUUGGCUCAUGGAUUCCUAGUCUUUUAAGUAAUAAAAAAUAAUUCAAUUAAAUAAUUAUAAUUAUAAUUAAAAAUAUAAUUAAAAUACUGAAAUCCUCUUGUGAAGCAAAAUCAAAUUUAAAAAAAAAAAGGACUAAGAAUAUUUUUUUUGAAAUUUUCUGAGAGGUAAAUGUGUGAAAUAACAAUACGAGUAAACAUAAAUUUAAAAUGCUUACACUUAAGAUUUAAGUGAAAAUAUAAAUUUGUCCAUAUUGUGAAAAACAAAACUAUUCCUGUCCAUUUAGAACAAUACUAAUUAUUAAUAUAUACAUAUAUAUAUAUUAUCAUUAUUAAUUAAUAAACAAUUAUAUUUAAUAUUUAUUGAAUAAAAUAAUCGUCUUGAUCGUGACAUUUUCAUUUUAAAUUUAUUUAUAAAUAAAUAAAU